CACCUGGACAGCGAUGAGGAUUCUCCGCUAGUGACGCUUUCCUUUGCCUUGUGCAUACUGGGUCGAAGAGCUUUGGGAACCGCAGCUCACAAUAUGGCCAUCAGCUUGGACUCUUUUCUUUAUGGGCUCCACGCACUGUUCAAAGGAGACUUUCGGAUAGCAGCAAAAGAUGAGUGGGUCUUUGCAGACAUGGAUCUAUUGCAUAAGGUUGUCGCCCCGGCAAUCCGAAUGUCUCUGAAGCUACACCAGGACCAGUUCACUUGCCCAGAUGAGUAUGAGGACCCAGCCGUUUUGUACGAAGCGAUCCAAUCUUUUGAGGAAAAGGUGGUGAUUUGUCACGAAGGGGACCCAGCCUGGCGCAGCGCUGUACUCUCCAACAGAGAGGAGCUGCUAACCUUGCGACACGUGGUAGAUGAAGGAGCAGAUGAAUAUAAAGUUAUCAUGCUCCACAAAAGCUACUUGAGCUUCAAGGUUAUCAAGGUCAACAAGGAGUGCGUCAGAGGGCUUUGGGCUGGGCAGCAACAGGAACUGAUUUUCUUACGCAAUCGUAACCCGGAGAGAGGAAGCAUCCAGAACAAUAAACAGGUCUUGCGGAACUUAAUUAAUUCUUCAUGUGAUCAGCCACUGGGAUAUCCAAUGUACGUUUCCCCUUUAACCACCUCGUACCUUGGGACACACAGCCAACUGAGGAACAUUUGGGGGGGACCUGUCAGUUUGGACAACAUUAAAAAGUGGUUCAGAUCCAAAUGGUUAAGAAUGCGGAAGGACUGCCAUGCAGCUCACCACGAGAGAGGUAACGUUGAAGAGGCAGAUAGUGGAGGGGCGCCUUCGUCUGGCAGCAAUUCCACAGGCAAUUCAAGCCAGAGCAGCAGCUCACAGCCCACCAGAGAUGGAACCCCUCAGUUGCAAGCUUCUUCUCAAGAGGUCCAACAGCGUGCAGGCAGGAGAAAACCCAGGAGUCAGUCCGUCCAGGCACACACUGUUUUAAACCAAAGGCCCCCUGCUUCAAGUCAUUCUGGACCAAUUGUAGAAAGCCGCCAGCCUUUCAUCCAAACAUCUACAUCUGCCCAUGAAAUUGCCCAAAGGCUUUCUAGUAGUCAGCUGUCAUUCCACAACUCGGCAACAUCUGUGUUUUCCCAGUCCCCCGCCGUUCCAGUUGCUGGCCAGCUGACUGUGCAGGACCGUGCUGCAGCAAUGCUCAGGUCCAGUCUGGCCUCUUCCACCAGCUCAACUCUCAGCCUGCUGUUCGGCAAGAGAAGUUUUUCAAGUGCUUUGGUGAUUUCUGGGCUCUCAGCUGCAGACGGAGGUAACACCAGUGACACCCAGUCAUCCAGCAGUAUGAAUAUCGCCAUGGGUCCAUCCGCUAGAGCAGCAAGUCAAGCAGCUCGGCAACAAACUGAGACCUGCGAAGCAACGGAUGCUGCAGAACCUAGAGGACGGCGAGAGGCAGGCCCGGCCCACACCAUAUUCAUGGAGUGCAGAAGGGCCAGCCAAGAAGAUAUGGCCCUGGAAGACACCGCUUCUCAGCAAAGCCUGUCUGAGGAGCAGUAAGGACUAUUCCUAGUGUAAGGGCCACACGCUGCUUAGAAUUAAAUCAAGACAGAGUUAAGUCAGGGAGCUGCACGUGGGUUUAAGUUCUUUCAAAUGUAACAAGCAACCUCCAAAUGUUUAUUUUUCUAACUUCCACACAAGAAUACUAUGGGGCAGGUGUUCUUCAGCUAAAGGCCUUGGCAUGAGUAGGGUUGGAAGAUGUCCUAAGAAACACACAGUGCCACUUCAUCUCAGGUUCUUGUAAAUCCUAGAGCAAUGAAUACAACCUGUUUGACGUUCCUUCCCCUGCAAUGGUUGGAAUCACAAAUGAAUACAGUGGGAAA